GGCGCUCCAAACCUGAAAAGCUCCACUCAGUCGACGACGAAACGUUGUUUGAGUCGGUUGGUGAGAACCAGUCCACUUCCCGUCUUGCGUGCCUAUCGAACCAUAACUUUUCGGGUUAACCAACCUCAUACUGACGUUGGUACCAACAAAAAACUGUUGUUAUUCGCGUUACCAGGGCUACCAUAAUCGAUAGAUAGUGUCGAGGUCUGCGAAACCUCGAGAAAAAAGUUUUGUGUUAUCAGUGAACACCGGACAGCAGUCGUGAAAAACUAGAAAAGUGACUGCAUAGAUUUUUCCGCUCUCGAGCUAUGAGAGCGCAGUGAAAAUUUAGAUUGACUUUGUGAUUAGAUCGAUUUUUUCCUCGAAGAUGGCUUUCAAAUUGGUUUUUUUGGGAUUACUGGUGUCUUUGGCACAUAUUGGUGGAUGUUUAGAACUGAGGAACAGGGCUUAUGAAGGACUUACGAUAAAGGUUUCAGAAGAGGUACCUGUGGAAAACUGCAAGGCUGUGUUGGAAAAUCUUCAGGCAAGCCUACAAAGUGCGUCACAGUUCCUGUUUUCCGCCCUUGAUGGCAAGGCAUUCCUGCGAUCCGCAACUGUUUUACUUCCUCCCUCGUGGCCUGACACUUGCGCUCCGUCAACUGUGGCGUCAGGUGCCGGUGAAACAAGUGACAUCACGAUACUACCCAGGGAUCCCACAAGGGGCCAGUUGUGGACCCAGCAAUCUCUGGGAUGUGGACAACCCGGCGAUCAGAUCUAUUUGGGCUUCGAAAGUUUAUUGAAGACUGAUAAUAAAUUAGGUCGUUCCUUGGUGAAGCAAUUCGCUAUGUAUCGCUAUGGAGUUUUUGAAGAACAAGGUUAUUUCAACGAUCCUAUAUAUCCCCUCUGUUAUUUCGACGAUGAUAACAAGGAGGCAAAGCUGACUGGAUGCUCAGAUCUUCAUAUCAACGACCAUGGGAUUUGCAAGGGUCAAAAAGUAUUCUACAACACCUCCAACAUGGUGGAUUCCAACGCCAGAAGCUCGAUCAUUUUCGCUCCAGAAGCACCAUCCGUAUCGAUGUUCUGCGAUUCUGGUAACCACGAUAGGAUUGCGCCUACGAAACAGAACUUGAUCUGCGACAGACGCAGCAUCCUGGAUGUAGUGCUGAGCCACGAAGAUUUCAAGAGUGCAAACGCCACAGACGACUCCAUGAGUCACGAAAUAGCAGAUACCACUCCGAAAAUAAGCUACAAGAGACAGAUGUUGACCAGGUACGUGUUCGUCAUCGAAAGUACCAAGGAUAUGAUGCAACGCGAGUCCUGGUACUACAUGAGAUUGGCUCUCACUAACUGGGCAGCCAAUCAGUUGCCUAACAACACCGAAUUAGGGAUGGUAUUAGCAGAUGUCAAAUCUACCAGAGCCUGUGAACUUCUUGACGGCACCCUUCACCCUAACGGCGUUGGCAGAAGUACCGAUGCUUUCUAUUCAGCUAUACCUUACACGGCGAGUGAUUCCGCUAAACCAGCAUGUCUGACAUGCAGCCUUAAAGACGCAAUGGAUAUGUUGAAUCAGAAAACCAAAGUCAACGGUCCUGCAAACAACGUUAUCGUGAUGAUCUCACCUGGUAUGGAUUACAAUCCUCAAAUGGAGUCUCUAUUGAAGGAAAUCAAGAAAUCUAACAUCAAAAUUGCUGCCAUCAACUAUCCCCACAUAAUCAGGAAAAAUUCCCUCAAUCUACUCGCUGAGAAAACUGGAGGAUCAGCUUAUACUGUACUAGAGCAGAAGCUUAAUGUUGAAUCGACUCUACUCACUACAUAUUUCGAGCUUUUAAACGUUUUGGCUGAUAUUUCAAGGAAAUACUACUCUGGCAGCCUCUCGGAUCUACCCAUUGAGAUCCAUCGUAGAGAAAUCACCGAUGACGGCAGAAGCUCUGUGACUGGCAGUUUUGUGUUGGAGCCAAAUAUGGGAGAACCAGCAUCUUUGAACUUCUUCACCCACAACACAGCUGCUCCUCUAUUCAAAAGCCUGAAACUGAUUAGUCCAUCCCAUCAAGUGUUCUCUUCCAGAAGUGAUCGUCUCCUUUUCUUCAAAACUAUCCUUCUUAACGCCAAUAUCAGUGAGAGUGGUACUUGGACAUACACAGUGGAGCCUUACCCUGGAAACCCUCAACCACACUUCCUACAAGUUUGCGCUACACCAAAAUCACCAACAGCUCCAAUCCUCAACGCCAAAUUCUGGACCCACAGGAAUCACCCUAAUGGUCCCCUUAUACUUUUGACUGAAGUGAAAUUGGGUGAGAUGCCUGUUCUAGGGGCCAAAGUUGAGGUGACAGUCACCAAAUCUUGCAAUCCUUGCAACCAAACACAAGAUGGUGCUACCAGAACUUACAAAUUUGAUCUAUUAGAUACCGGUAGCGGAGAUCCUGACAUAACUAAAGGCGAUGGUGUCUACACGAGGUAUUUCAGUGCAAGCGAAGCAGGCAUUGGAUUUUACACGUUCGAGGUUAAAGUAACUGACAAUGGCAAUACUGCAUAUAGCUGGGCUGAAUCAACCAAAACAUCUGAUAAACCUUGUUGUGGAAGCACAGUACCAUCAACUGGCGUCGAACCAAUUUCACCAUUCCAAAGGAUUCUACCCAAACAGACUAUCUUCAUCUCUUCCAAGGACAUUUUGACAUCGAGUCAGUCUGCGGCUGGAAAAAUUGGCGAUCUGAAAGUUGUCAUUAUCGCUGAAGACAUGAAGGCAAGAUUGUCGUGGACGGCGCCAGAUAUGGGAGGAAACACGGUAUCCAGAUAUGAAAUCAAGUAUUCCAACGCCGUUAAAGAUAUCAUCGAUAACUUCGAGACCAACGGAAUUCGUUGGGAUUCUGCUCAAAAACCUCUGCCUUUGAGUCCAGGCUCUGAAACUACUUUCAAUCUCGACUUUUCCCUGUUCAAGGAACUCCUGGAUAAGCCUAUGUAUUUUGCUGUCAAGGCGUACCCGAAAAUGUCGUCUGAUGUACCUGGAACCGUUUCUAACUGGGUUAGAGUUCUUGUGCCUUUACCUCCACCGCCACCCACCGUUGCACCAAGCUAUACCCACAAUGAACAGUAUUGGCCAAAUACGAAUACAGUUGAUAUUGAUCCCAUCAGUCCCAGCUUAACAAACCCCGCUAGUUUUGGACUUGAAUUGAUUCUACCAAUUGCUAUUGGUUUUAUUCUUCUUGUUGUUCUUCUCAUCGUUUACUGCUACUUCUGCGUUGUGCGACGUAGAGAGCGACAAAUAGUCAAGAAAUCCCCAUCAAAAUCCUUGAAGAACGAGAAAUUGAACGGAAAUAUCACUAUUGUACCAGGUAGUCCAAUGAAUAACCCAAGUCAAACAUACACAUCAGACAUAACAGACCAUCACAACGUUGGAUUACCUGUGAGUAACUUCGGUUAUGAAGAUGAAACUAAGAAGAGGUAUUCUCUAGUGAAUCAACAAGAGCAGCAACUCAUUGAAGAAUUGAAACAACAACAACAAAGCAUCAACCGUGAAGCUACAUACGCUGGUGUAAGCGUCAUCUCCAACAGGAAUGGAUCUACUCAUCCUCUUAGUCCAUACAACUCUUGGACUGCCUCCCAACUUCUCCACGAACAUGAAAGAAGACACAGCCCCAUGGACAAUUUACCAGAAGAACAGAUGAACCACGAAAUGAUGAUGAACGAUUCCCAAAUGGAUCACAUGUCUGUUAAUGGCCAACAAAUUGAUCAUAUGAGUCUGAAUGGUCACCAAAUGAGUCCUCAAAUGAUGGAACACUAUCAACAAACCCAUUUAGCACCCCCUGUACCCCCACUUCCAGCCUUUCAGGGUAAUGGGUAUCCACCAAACUACAGUAUAUAUGGAACCCAUCAAUCGCCCAACCACCAGUUAUAUCAAACCAUAAGAAAUGAACCAGUUGGUCAGUUCAAUCCUAGUCUGCAAGGCUCCAUGAGCUCGGUUAAUAGUGGCGAAAAGAAGAGAAGAAAUGUGACUAUGGUUUAACGAUACGUUAUUAGAGAUACAGUGACAACAGUUGAAACUUACACAACACAAGUUUAGUUUUCAGUGAACUAGUGGGUAUAAUUCCCAAAUGAAGUAACUGAACCGAUUAUUAUUUAUCAUGACGCUUUGGGAUCAAGAAAGAGAGGAAAACCUACGGAAAAAUAUUGAUAAAUCGAACAUAUAUUAAUCUUUUAUUUUGAAUUUUGUUGUUUUCGAAAAAUUAUUCCAAAUUGAAGACGCUUUGAAAUCCCAGUAUAUACACAGCAUUUUCAAUUGAUUAUCUGUUGUUCUGAUUUGAAUUCUUCAACUAUUUAUUUAAAAAAGUUCUCAUUUAUCUUGUGACACAUUGUACAUAUAAUCUGUUAAUUUUGUAAAUAGUGAAAAUUAUCGUCUUACCAGUAGUAAAUUUGCCAACUAGUCAUAUCAUGUAAUUAAAUUGCAAGUUUGAAUGUAUGCUACGAAAUGAAGCCAGUAUCUAUGGAAUUAAUUAAAUAUAGAUGAAACAAAAAGUUUUGUCAAUGCAUAAACUUUUGAGACUGAUCUCCACAAAUUUCUCUUAAGGAAUGUAGAUGUUUUGUAUAUUAUUUUCAAGUUUUUGUAAAUAUGUAGUAUAAGUUUUCUAUUUUCUCAUUAUAAAUGUUUAUAUAUUUA